AUGAGGGAGAAGGGCCGCAGGAAGAAGGGCAGGACCUGGGCAGAGGCCGCCCGGACGGUCCUGGAGAAAUAUCCUAAUACACCUAUGAGCCAUAAAGAGAUCCUUCAAGUUAUCCAGAAAGAAGGACUUAAAGAAAUCAGGUGAGUUAAUGGGACUUCUCCUCUUGCAUGCCUGAAUGCUAUGUUACAUACAAACUCCCGAGGGGAAGAGGGCAUUUUCUAUAAGGUCCCGGGGCGCAUGGGAGUCUACACUCUCAAGAAGGAUGUUCCAGACGGGUUGAAGGAGCUCUCCGAUGGCUCAGAGGAGAGCAGCGAUGCCCAGUCUGACACUCAGAGCUCUGAGAACAACAGCAGCAGCAGCACCAGCAGCGACGGGUGCAGUAACAAAGACGGGAAGAAAAGCAGAUGGAAAAGGAAAGUGUCAUCUAGACUGUCACAGACAUCCUCCCCUCAGUCAGGCUGCCCGUCACCUUCCAUCCAGACAGGCAAAGUCAUCUCCUCAUCCCAGAAGCACAGCAAGAAGGCACUCAAACAGGCCUUGAAACAGCAGCAGCAAAAGCAGCAGCAGCAGCAAUGCAGAGCAGGCAUGCCCGUGUCGUCUAAUCAGCACGUCCUUCUGAAGGCCGUCAAGGCAGCCAGUGACUCCACGCCUGCAAAAUCCACUUGGGAAGGAAAGCAGUCAGAUGGACAGUCGAGCAGCCCUCAGAACUCCACCUCCAGUUCCUCUCCUUCUGUUAAGCUUGAUAACUCCUUGCCAGGGUUGGGGAAGAAACCAUUCCAGAGAUCUGACAGGCUCCAUGCAAGGCAGCUGAAGAGAACGAAGUGUGCUGAAAUUGAUGUGGAAACUCCCGACUCCAUCCUUGUGAACACAAACCUGCGGGCACUGAUCAACAAGCAUACGUUCUCUGUUCUGCCUACAGAAUGUCAGCAGCGCCUGCUGCUGCUGCUGCCGGAGGUGGACAGGCAGGUUGGGGCGGAUGGUUUGAUGAAGCUGAGUGGCUCUGCGCUCAACAACGAGUUCUUCACUUCAGCUGCCCAAGGCUGGAAGGAGAGGUUGUCAGAAGGUGAGUUUACACCAGAAAUGCAGCUAAGAAUACGGCAAGAAAUAGAAAAGGAAAAGAAGGUCGAGCUGUGGAAGGAACAUUUUUUUGAGAGCUACUAUGGUCAGAGUUCUGGACUAAGUCCUGAAGAGUCCGAGAGACUGACAGCAAACACCAGCCCUGCUGAGACAGAGACUGAAAGUCCAGCAGCUGAACAGCCAAAAUGCACGCCAGCCUCUCUGGCACCACUCAAAGAGGAGAUUACUUCUCCGUUGGAGUCUAAAGCACAAGCAGUCCAGGAAGCACCAGCGAUGAAAAAAGGAGGAGAAGAGAGAAGAGAGGACAUGCAGCCCAAACCUGCAGAGGCCUCGGUCUCCCCGGCUGGGUGUGCAGUGAAACCUAGCGACCGUUCUCUCCCUAUAAAAGAGAGAGUCCCAGGAGAAUCCAUUCAAGAGAAACCACAAACUGCCGCUAGUCAAAAGCCAGAAGAGAGAAAGCACGCUGCGUCCAAGGAAGUGGUAGUGAAAGAGACUGUCAGUACCUCAGUUCUGGCCCCAAGUAAACCAAAGAGCCCUGAAGCAGGUGAAGUAGUAGCAAACGUGAAAAGUCCAGUGAUGACACCAGGAACACCAGAAAAGAAGUCCCCUGGAAAUGAAGACAUGGAAGUCAGUGUUGAAGCCCAUAAGAGGAAGUCAGAGAGUCGCGAAGAAGCUCUAACCGCUCCUGAAAAAAAGCCACGCAUCAUGGAGAACUGUCAGCACCACCUGGCAUUUCGGACCCAGCCACAGUCCUUUCCUGCAGCGGGGACCCCAGUGCCACGGGUACCCCCACUCAAGAUUCCUGUUUCCAGAAUCUCCCCAAUGCCAUUUCCUGUGGGCCAGGUCUCUCCCAGGGCACGUUUCCCAAUCUCACUUACCAGUCCAGGAAGAACAGGAGCCAGAACUUUGGCAGACAUCAAGGCAAAAGCCCAGCAAGCCAAGGCUCAGAGGGCAGCGGCUGCUGCCGCUGCCGCCGCCGCCGCCGCUGCCGCCUCGACAGGCGGGGCCGUCCCAGGGCCCGGACCGGGCGGUGGUGGGGGCCCACCGGGCGGUGGAGGCGAGAAGAGUAACGCAAGCAGAACCAACGAAACUGGAAUUCGAGGAAAUGCACUGGAACUGGCAGGAACUGGAAGCGGGGGAAGUUCGAGAAGGUUUCUUCCCCAUUGUCCAGGGACCCAUACCCAAAUGGAGACCCAGGCCACGGACCAGGCACCACCUCACGAUCCUUCUAGAGCACAACUACAGCAAACUUCCACACUGCAACCCAGAACCCCAGCCAGCAAUACAGGCACCAGCUCCUCCUCAUCAGCGGUGUCAGGCUCCCCGUAUGCUGGUAGCAGCGACAGACAAGAGAAAGCACCUUCUGCUCCGGUGGGUCCGAGCCAGGCCUGCGGGGCGUCGGCUGUCAGGGAUGGAACAGUCUGCGUCACAGUGCCCGCAGCAGACACCAGCACAAAGGUAACUAAGGUAGCACCUGCAGCCUUAGGAGGGACCAACGCAGAUGUUUCUAAAAGCAAAUCUCCCUCCUCUCCGAUGUCUUCACUAACAUCCACGAGCUCAGAAGCCCAGGCUGGAGGUGUGGUCACAUCUGCUACAUCUGUCCCACCCUCUAACACUUCGCCAGUAGCGCCUAGCCUUAAAACUCAUGCAAGUUCAAGCUCAGGCGGGGCCGUCCCAAAACCAAGCUCCAGUAUUCCUGCUAACAACCCUUUGGUCACCCAGCUUCUUCAAGGCAAGAAUGUCCCUCUGGAGCAAAUCCUGCCGAAGCCUCUCACCAAAGCAGAGAUGAAAACUGUCCCAUUAGCUUCUCAUGAAGAAAAAGGGGCGGCAGCAGCAUCCAGUGCUACAAGCAUAGCGGGAAACGGCACUGGAGCCGAGGGUGGUGACAGGCAAUUGAGUUUACCAACACAACAGCUUGGGAUGAUCUUUUGCCAGAACAGGCCCCUGCCUCACGUUCCAAGGACCUUUCCGCUCCCCUCGGGAAAGGACCCCAGUCUUGACCAGCACCAGUGCCACGAGGCGCUCAGCAAAACAACCCAAGAGCAGAUCCUUCAGACUCUUAUCAAGAGGGUCCAGAGGCAGAAUUUGUUGCCGGUCCUUCAGCCUUCACAACUGAACCUCACUCACUCAGGUUUCCAGUUAGAAAACAACUCCACCAGCCAGAGAUUUAUGCUGGGUUUCAUGGGCAGAAGGACAUCCAAGCCUGCUAUGUCUGGUCAUUAUCUGCUCAACAUUUCCACCUAUGGUCGUGGUUCAGAGAGUUUGAGGAGAGGCUUCUCCUUGAACCCUGAAAACCGCUUGUGUCUGAACAGUCCUGCUGAUGCUCCAAAAACAGAAUUUGGAGAAUGUGAGGAGACAGCUGGCCGCGGCAGCAGCAGCGAUGAAGGAGAUGAAGAUGAUGAGAGUACUGGUGAUGAACGUGAACACAGCAGUGUAAAAGAGGAGCCCCAGGCUGCCCAGGUUGCUGGUCAGUGUGGAAAAGAACAGGUAUCACAUAUCAUAAAUUCUUCGGAUUACAGCACCCUUGCUAAAAAGGGUGUAAAGACAGAAGCAGCCACGUCUCAGCAAGCAGCAGUCAACAAGGAGAAUGUUCCGGCAUUUGAUGGAACUACGCUAGCACGAGAUUUUAUUCAAGCCGCUCAAGAGCAAAUGGCACAUGCAAUGAGGGGGAAAAUGCACAGCAGUCCAGAGCUUUUCAGUACUUCUGUACCGUCCUCAGACUCUGCGCAGCAGCAGCCUCCACUGCUCUCUCCGUCGCACCCUCCAAAGCUAUCUGGAAGUGCUGCAGCACAGCUCAUUGGGCCCAGUUACAGCGGGACAAUAAAUGUCUCCACCUCCCCGGACGUGAACCAAGGGUCUCUUAUGACCGGGCUCUCUGAAUGCAAUCAGUUGUCCAGUAGCAUGGGAAACGUCAUGUCCUUUUCUGUGACUGUAACCGCCAUUCCCACCAGCCAAGCUGUGAACUCUGGCAGCCACACUCAGACCAUCCCCGUUCAAGCCUUCGCUGAAGACAACAGCAUGGAGGAUUCCCCUUCCAAAUGUUACUGCAGGUUGAAAGCCAUGAUCAUGUGCAAGGGCUGCGGUGCCUUCUGCCAUGACGACUGCAUCGGCCCCUCUAAGCUCUGUGUCUCCUGCCUCGUUGUGCGGUAACCGGGAGGGGAAGUGGGGGAAGAGGAUGGCUUGAUUUUCGUUUUGCUUUCAGAAGUACAUUGGGAAGAAACAGGAGAUUUACUGCCUUGCACAAGAGACACGUUACUGAAUCAGGAAUACAGAGUAGAG